AUGUCCAAUCCGCAUCACCGGCCUUAUCAUCAAGGUGGUAAUCACAGAAAUGAAAGAGGAGGCUAUCGGAACUAUAAUGAUCGUGGACGUGAUAAUUAUCAACAACAUCAUUCAUAUAAUCAAGGAGGAGGGUUUAAUAAUGCUCCAUCACAACAGCAAUUAAAUCCGCUCAUGAUGGCCAAGAAGCCUAAAGUUAUCCAUGUAGAUCCUUCAGUGGUUCAAAAAACAAAGCCAACGAUUAAUACAACGGUUCAAGAAAUAAUUCAUAGAAGACAAUUAAAAUUCCCAAUGGCUCCAGUUAAUAUUCCAAUGUCGAAGGCUCCUCCCGAGGCAGGAGAAUAUCCAAAUCCUUUCGAUUUUCCAAAUGUGCUAAUAGAUACACGAACAACAAUUGUAAUGGAGGAUUUAAGUGCUGAUACAGAGAAUGAUUACAUCAAGAAAUUACUCGAAAGUUGUGGACAAUAUACAAGCUGGAAACGAUUGAAGGAUCCAAAAACUAAUAGAUGGUUAACAUUCGGUUUUUGUGAAUAUCAAUCUUGCUCUUCUGCAAUUCGAGCUCUACGUUUAUUGAACUCAUUGACAAUAGAACCUGGAGUAACCAUCAAAAUGAAGUGCUCCAAGAAAGUCCAAACUUUUAUGGAUCAAUAUCAACAAAAGAAAUUAGAACUGUGGGCAAAGAAGCUUCAGGAACGAGAUAAAUCAUCAUCUCAGGGAUCAAGCACAACAGAUGAGCUAACUCCUGAGCAGCGACAACUUUUAGCUCAAUUAGAGCAACAAAUGGCGUCUUCAAAAUCGGAAGAAAAAAUAGAAGUGAGAGAAAGUGAUCGAAACGAGUUUGACAAUUAUGAAAAGGCACUAGAUGACAUUUCUAAGAUUAUUAUAAAUGAUCUAGUUAAGGAGAGAAUGAGCAUUGAAACUGAGAAUCGGUCCAGAGAGUCUAUUAGUCAACAACUAGCUGUGACAAAUACUGUACAAAAAAUUGCAGAAACUGGUGUGAGUAAUGAGGAAGCAGAACAAAAAAAGAAUUUAAUUUAUGAAGAAAUUCGAAGAUUCAGAGACAAUGAGAAAAUGAAAGAAGAAGAAGUUAAAGAACUUGAAAGAAAAAGAAGAGAGAAAAUAUACCGAGAAAAGCGAUUAAAGCAAUCCAAACAACUUGAACGAGAGAGAAGAAGAAGACAGCGUUGGGAAAAGGAAAACGAACAAGACAAAAGACAACGAGAGGUUACUAUUCGAGAAAUUGAAAGAUUUGAAAGGAGACGAGAACGAAGGUAUGGUGGUAUUGACGGAACUGGUGAGGGCUAUGUGAGCAGUGAUGAAGAAAUAUCUACUGGAGUUGAUAAGAAAAAGAUCCAAAUUGAACUUCAAGAAAAAGCACCUAGAGAACCUUCAUCUGAGGUUGUUACUUAUGAAGAAGAAGACCAAGAUUGGGGAAGAAAGAAGAAAAAGCUUUCAGCAGUUGAGGAGAUUGAAAAAUCCAAGCGAGAUGCAGAAUACUUGGACCGUGACAAUAUUAGAAAAAUUCUGCCGACCUCCCAAGCAGAUAUUUUCAAUUAUCCAAUGGAUUGGAAUGUGGUCGACAAGUACUCUCUUUGGCUUCCUCUUGCUCCAUUUGUUGAUGAACAGAUUAUUAGUUUGACAGGAGAUCCAGAAGAAAGCUUGAGUCAAUUUGUGUUGGGCAAAGUGGAAACACACUCCUCACCACAAGAAAUCAUCAACGAUCUUGUAGAGAUUUUCGACGAACAAACUGAGCCAUUCGUACACGAGCUUUGGGAUAGAUUGUUAGUUGAAAUGAUCCGAAAACAACGUGAAAUCGAAUUAGAAAACCAAGAUAACAUUGAGUAA